UUUUUUUUCUCUCUAUUUUGAUUGUGCCGGUGGAAAUUGAUAUUUCCGGGUCAAAGUUCGAUAGCUGAAUGUGCCCGAUGGAAAUUACUGGCCGUUUCGGGAUUCGGGAAGUAAUUAUAUCAAUGAAAAGUGAUUGAUUCUUUCCAGAAAAAUGGUCUUCCAUUGAAGUCUACUUUUCUUGUCUUACUGGCCUUUGACUCUUUAUCCGUGUGGGAUAAAUAUGGCACCACCGAAAUCAAGGAAGAUCGCAAUCAUGGGCUUUCGUUCUGUUGGUAAGAAUUGUAAAAAUUCAAUUCCUUUAUGAAUGAUCUAUACUUGAAUAAUCUGGAAAAUUGUAAACAUUAUGCUUUCUAUCUUAAUUAAAAUUCCUUGCUUAGCAUUUUGUUUCGAUUCAUGUUUCCUCAUAGGAAAGUCAUCCUUAACGAUACAGUUUGUAGAAAAUCAAUUUGUGGAUUCUUAUGAUCCCACGAUAGAAAACAGUGAGUAACAAAUAUUAAUUAGGCAUGUGAUUUUUAAAUAUUCUAGAUACCAAUGCCAUUUUAAUAUAUUUUAUAUAAUUCCUGUAUGUUGGUAAUACAUGCUCUUAAAUACAUCAGACAUUUAGCUUUGAUAUUGUUGGGCAUUAUAAAUGUAGUGAAUCAUGUCAAAAAUAUUUGUAUGUUGCUUAUUUUUAAAAAGUGGUCGUACAAAUUAACCCAUGGAUGGAGCACCUCCAACACUCCCUUUUGACGAGUAAAAUUGUCUGGCAUCAGACAGCGUAAAAUAAUAAAAUUAGGCCGCUUUGGGGUGCAAUGCAACUUAAUGGGUUAACCCAUACUAUUGUUCCCAGUAAACUGCGAAACGACCGUUUUUUGGGCGGUUUGUCAGUGACAGUUUUGUCAGGACAGUUAUGAAGGACAUAUUUGUGUACCUCGUGAUCACAAUUUGUUGCAAGCGGCGUGUGAAAAACUGCAAGUUUCAGUUUGACAGUUAAAUGAGUUUCUAAUUUUAUUGUCCAAUCAGAUGCGUAGUUUUGAAUUUUAAAUCAAAACUACGCACCUGAUUGGACAAUAAAAUUAGAAACUGGUCAUUUAACUGUCAGAACUGUCAAACUGAAACUUUCAGUUUUUCACACGCCGCUUGCAACAAAUUAUGAUCACUAGGUACACAAAUAUGUCCUUCGUAAUUGACAAAACUAUCACUGACAAACCGCCUAAAAAAAUGGUUGUUUCGCAGUUUAUUGGGAACAAUAGUAUUUGAAUGCUAGCACCCUCCCCUUGAUGAGUAUUAUUGUCUGGUGUUAGACAGAGUAAAAUAAUACAGUUGGGCACUAGGGCUCAUUAGGGUGCAACAAGUUAAAGAGUCAUCCUCAGACUUUAAAGGGGUUGUUUGGGUCUGACUAAUUACUGUUUGGGGCUGAAAUUAACUGUUCAAGACUACCUGGAGCUACGGUUUGACUACCCAGGACAACAAUACUUACAGUAUAUACUGCACUAAGAGAAUAUAGAAAUUUAUACCGGUAGAAUGAAACUACAGUACAUAUUAUGUUCUCUUAAAGCAUGUUUUCCACUAAGCGUAAUUUUGUGUGCAGAGCAGAAUUCUUCUUUGUCUUUUCUAAUUAGUUCCUUCCGAGAAAUCGCAAGACAAAGAAAAAUUCCGCUCCGCAUGCAAAAUUCCACCCUGUGGAAAACCAGCUUUAGAGCUGUGUGAUUCCUGAAAUUUCAUCUCGGUUCUGGUUUUGGUCUUUUUGGGGUGGAAGAACCUCGGUUCUGUGUCAGUUUCGGAUUUUCAAAAGAAAAACGAUAUCGAUAUAUACUGUAUAUAUAAAAUUAUUAUAUAUAUAUAUAUGUAUUAUAUAUCGAUAUUUUUUCGCGAUUGUAUUUUGCUUAAUUUUAUGCAAAAUUUGCUUAAUUUUAUGCAAAAGUUUCUGUUUUCAAAUGAUGCCAAACAGCCACAAUAUAACAGCUCUGACUCAUUGGGUGUGUGAUAUUUUCAAUAAAGUGUGAGGCCAAUGAUCAGUAGCCUGUGAAAUGUCCGCUCUAAGAAUUGAAAAUGCAUAUUACUUAUUAGCAUUGAUUACCGAACCGGAUGAAUUGUGUGUGAUAUUUUUGACCAGGAAAUUGUUUCAAAACAUUUUAUUCAACUGUGAAUUCGAAAAAAAAUCGUUUAUCUCACCACAUAAACAUUGUUUUUCUAAAACAUUUGUAAUCCACCUGAUUGUUUACGUUCUAAAAGUUUAUUUUAAACCUUGCAACACCAACGUAUAAACAAACAUGUUUUAGAUCUCGCUCUAACCUUAAAUUUACGGAUUUUACUGCGGAAUUAGCACAUUGAUCGUCUUUGUCCUUCUGAAAUAGCUCCAAUCAGGCUCUUGAAAAAGCUUGAUAUGACGUUUAAAUAUACAAACGUAAACGUGAUAUCGAUAAUACCAAAAAUUAUUGAUAUUCCGAUAUAUCGAAAAUUUCAAUAUUGACUAAUCUGUAUUUAUCAGGGCGUGGUAUUUAUAAAAAAAAAAUAAUUAUCGGUAUAUCGAUAUACCACAACAGCCUAAGAGAAAUAAAUACAUUCGGAAAUAAAAUUAUCAAAAAGGAAAUGUCUUUGUUUGAGCCUUUUUUAAAGGCAAAGUAAGUGUCUUUUUUGGUAAUAUUAGAACAAAACUAAAUUUUUUUAGAAAUUUCUUAGAACUUUCCUUUUAUUUUCCCUCAAUUUAAUCAUUAAGUCACAUUGCAAUCAAUCAAUUAAAUACAGUAGGUCUUCAUGGGGAAACACUUCGAACCCCCUUUGGUGAGGUUCCUUCAGCACUUCAUAGCUGCUGCCUACUUCUUUCAAAAUUAGCUUCCUACUCCAAAUUCUAUUGGGAACCCUGUAACACAUGUACAGAACUUGACCCCAGCCAUCAAGUUUCAAAAUUGGUCACUAAAGCCGUGUUUACACUACGCUCAAUUUUUGGUACAGUACGGAUAAUGGUACCCGUACCACUUUUUUGGUUCUUGGACUACCUAUUUACUUUUACACUACGCUCAAUUUUUGGUGCCGUAUCACUUUUUGGUUCUUGGACUACCUAUACCAAAAAAGUGGUGCGGGUACCAAUUUUAUCCGUGCCGUACCAAACAUUGAACGUAGCGUAAACGGGGCUUAAGAGUAACAUAUAUAAUAUUGAAUAACAUACAAUAUCUGCUACAGUAAUUGGAUGUUUUAUGUUUGGCUCUGAUAUGUAAAUCCACAUUGCAGCAUUUACAAAAACGGUAAAGAAUCGAGGACAAGAAUACAAUCUAGAACUGGUUGACACUGCUGGGCAGGUACUUGAAUCAAUAACUGUUCAAAAUUUAUAGUCUGUACUCCUUCACUGUAUAAAAUUAUUAAAUUGCCAGUAAUACAGCAACACCUGUCUGCAAUUAAAUAAUUAAUUACAUUGGAUUGAUAUACUGUUUACUUAUUAGUAUCGGAUUAAUAUUACCGUAUUGGAUUAACAUUCUUUGUUUGCAUGUGACGUCAUGGCAGCCAUGUUGGAGGAGCGCUAACAAAUGAGUAUUGUUACUGUUAGCAGCUAAGUAUUGUUUUCCUCCAUCAUGGCCACCUUAUCUCUUUGUCUUACAAAUCUCAAGGGAUUGAUUGCAAAGCACCAAUUGUUACUGUACAAUUGCCUCUUAAAUUGCAAUCCAAACUUGUAUCUAUGCAAACUUCUAAACCUAUAUUUAAACUACAGGUUUCGUAUUUUCAAUAACCACUCAAUCUCAAAUAAUAAUUAUUAUUAUUAUAUAUCAAUAGUCAAAGUCGCAUUUUUCUAGUGUUUUAUUGGUUGAGAGCAUAUCACGUGAGAGUGACGAAAUUAGGCUGUCUCCCUCGCAACAGCGCGAGGGGAGAUAAUACGUUAUCGACCGGCGAAUAACAAAAAAAAUCACGUGCGCCAUCACGUGAAGAUGCGACCUUUGGACACGUCUAGCACAGAAUAGGAAGUUAUACCAGAAGCGUAACUCUAGUCGUUUCCCUUAUCCACGAAAAUUUUAACUCGCUCACGUCAGGCCACGCCAUCCUGGCUAGUACAGCCGGAAGUUUUUAUCAGGAUUUGAUAGGUACAAAGUGCCGGUUGUACUAGCCAGGAUGGCGUGAUUGAUGACGAAUCGCUUGUAAAAACGCGGACAAAUACUUGCUCGAGUUACGCUUCUGGUAUAACUUCCUAUUCUGUGCGUCUAGUACGUAAUUAAAACUUUCGCUUUAAGUAACUGCAGUCUAGCCAGUGUUUAAUAUAACGUUUUAACAAUAAAAUAUUUCAUGUAUUUACGUUCAUUUGUUCUUUAAUUUGUUGUUUCUUUGACUAUUGAUAUAUAAUAAAACACUUAUUUACUGAGACCUCGGGAAAGCAGUGGAAAUAGUUAGUUUUGUUUUCCCAAGAAUCUCAAUGUUUCCUGAGACGAAGUCGAGGGAAACAUUGAGAUUUGAGGGAAAACAAAACUAACUAUUUCCCGAGGGAAAAGACGUUAAGUGUUUUGUUAUAUAGCGACGAAACAAAUAUCAACAUUGAACAACAUUCAUACAACAAUAUUUGUAUUUCAUGACAAAAACUCUAUAGCGUAAACGAGUUUAAAAUUUAAAAAACCUACUUAAAUGGUUUCAGCAGCAUAUCCUGUUGCCUGUUAUGUAUUUGUCUUCUUUUUUACAUUCUUUAUUUUAACACAAAUCCACGAAAACAGUAGUUUAAAGAGUAUAAAUUUGUGCCGCCAUUUUGUUUAUUUAUGUACGUAGCCGGUCGGGGCGGGCAACAAUUUUUCACUUAUUGCCCGGGCGGGAUACAUUGCAUUUAUCUAAAGCCACGUGACUACAAAUCAGCCAAUCACGUUUGGUGUUCACACUAGCUAUUUAACAAGAAUAAUUAUUAGUUAUCAAUGUCAUAGCCAACACUGAACCCCCUCAUCUUUACCAUCCAGAAACCUUCAAUUUUUAAGUGAAUUUCUCUCAAUUAGUAUAAAUUGCAACCAGUAUUAUAUAAUAUAAUCAUAUGGUAACCACUAGCUUCAUCAUUUGCUUCUAACCUGACAGGAUGAAUACUCGAUAUUUCCUCAAGCUUACUCAAUGGGGAUCCAUGGUUAUAUUCUUGUUUUUUCUGUUACAUCACAGAAAAGGUAAUUUAAAAGUUAACAACUAGACCUUUUUUAAAUGAUACCAAACACGGAUAAACAUGCACUUAAUGCGAUGUCCCAACAGGACAAUUUUUAGGAACAAUUUACAAUGCAAGUGAUGUUACGUUGGAAGCUGAAAUUUGAUUGGCUCGGCAACGAUUUGAAUUGAGAGUUUGCGUUUGACGUCAUUAUGAAAAAGGUCUACUGACCAAUACAUGUAUGUUUAAUAUUAUUUAAACGGUAUAGUAUUGGUUUCAGAAAUAUUAAAGAGGUUCCCAGUAGAGUGAGCAGGUAAUGGUAAACUUCGGAAAUAUUGACAUAUGUACUGUAUGAUUGCAAGAAAAUGAAACUAAUUUUUCAAAUCAAAUUACAGAUGCCUCUAUAAAUACGUUAAUACAAGACUACUCACGUAGCAACGGACAACCUGUUCCUGGUUGAUCUCGACAGGCUUGAACAAAGUUGUGCUGCACUUUCAGAAAUCAGAACAAGUUAUCAACAAUGUUGUUAUAGUAUUGGUCAGUUGUAACAAUGCCGUAACAACAUUGUUGACAACUUGUUCUUAUGGUGCAGUACAACUUUGUUCAAGCCUGUCGAUAUCAACUGAGAGCAGGUUGCAUGUUCAUUCUUACGAGUGUACUACAGAUAAUGAAAAGAUUUAACAUUAUUUUCUCUCUUCUAGCUAUCUAGUAGUACCCACCAUCGUAUAUAGUAAAUAUGCGUGUAAGAGGUUUAACAUUUACAGUCUCUACAAUCUAUAGCAAUGCUAUAUUUUCAUCUUUAGUUUUGAUGUGAUCCAAGUUAUUCACGACAAGUUAUUGGAUUUCACAGGACAAAAUGGGUAAUACUGUAAAUCUGUAUAUAAAAUAUUGAUUUAGAAAAUGUAUAGGAGCUUCAGUGGCGCAGUCGCCACCAAGUUAUUGGAUUUCACAGGACAAAAUG